AUGGCUGAAUUAAGUUUCGUCAUCACCAUGUCCGUCAUGACAUUAUUUUGGGGUAUAAUUGGAGGAGUUGUUCCGUGGUUUAUCCCUAAAGGACCAAACAGAGGAGUGAUAAUCACAAUGCUGGUAUUAACUUCUGUGUGCUGCUACUUGUUCUGGUUGAUAGCCAUACUGGCCCAGUUGAACCCACUGUUCGGGCCUUCCCUUACCACGGAUACCAUCUGGUACCUUAACCUCCACUGGUCUUAA